ACCCAUGCACACCAGGAGCUGAUGGGCAACAAGGUCUUUCUAAAUGUGGUUUAUGUUCAAGCUGCUCUUGAUCACCAUCAUCAAAUUGUGGCUGCGGAGGAACCAAGAAUAUUGAUGCACUCAAAUGAUUGUGGUGACCCAGCUGGUUGCAGUGAGGAUUGGCAUGCUACAUGGUGGAAUAGUAUAGGCCAUUUUCUUCUCAAUGGUAGGAACCCUCAACCAUAUGGUGAUGCCAUCAAAUGCUUCAAGGACAUGUUGUUUGGCCAUGUCAGCGAGGGCUGUAAAGAUCUCAUGUUUAAAAUUCUCAAUGAGGGUGUGGCAUUCCAUCAUGCAGAACACUUUAUUACCAAGGCCUGCCAAUUUCUAUUAGAGAAACUGGUAUAUAAGCCCUAA